CCUACCCUCACCGCUCUCUCUUUCGCAGAAGCUUGAAACGCUCUCUGCUUCUUCGUCUUAGUCUUUCUCUUCGUUCGAGACCCAAUAAGACCCAAUUGCGGAAUUCUAAGGUUCAGUGGAUUUAGGGUUUUUCUUCUGGCCAAAAAAAGAGCCCCAAAGAAAGCUGUUUUUGGGUUCAAAUAUGGCGGAGAGUUUGAUACAGGUUGAGGAGCCACAAACCCGUUCUGAUGGGAUUUUGAAAUGUAAGCUUGAUUUAUCGAAAGGAUCUUCUUCUUCUUCUUCUCUGUUCCAGAGAAGAAUCAAGUUCCAUCCAGCGAGGAAGCCCUUCAAGGGAUUUCGUAAUGGUGGUGGCGAUUUUCGAAUGGAGACUCUAAACCCCAGUAGCUCGGAUUCAACCCGACCGGGAUCGGUAAAAGUUGGCAAGAAAAGUGAUGGGUCUGAGAUUUUGGAAAAUGGGUUGGAUCCAGAGCUCAGUUUUGGAAUUACCUUUAGGAGGAUUGGUGCUGGUUUAGAAAAUCUCGGGAACACUUGCUUUCUCAACUCGGUACUGCAGUGUCUGACAUAUACCGAGCCUUUAGCGGCAUACCUGCAAAGUGGCAAGCAUCAAAACUCUUGCCAUAUUGCUGGUUUUUGUGCUUUAUGUGCUAUCCAGAAACAUGUUAGUCGCGCUCUGCAAUCAACUGGAAGAAGUUUAGCUCCUAAGGAUCUUGUCUCAAACUUGAGGUGCAUAUCUCGAAAUUUCCGUAAUUGUAGGCAGGAGGAUGCACAUGAGUACAUGGUGAACUUGUUAGAAUCCAUGCAUAAAUGUUGCUUACCUUCUGGAGUCCCAAGUGAGUCCCCGAGUGCUUACGAGAAGAGUUUGGUACACAAGAUCUUUGGUGGUAGCCUCAGAAGUCAGGUCAAGUGUUUGCAGUGCUCUUUUUGCUCUAACAAAUUUGAUCCUUUUUUGGAUCUAAGUCUUGAAAUAGUCAAGGCAGACUCCUUGCAUAAAGCACUCUUGAACUUCACUGCCGCUGAACAACUAGAUGGAGGAGAAAGGCAAUAUCAGUGCCAGCAAUGCAAGCAGAAAGUUAGGGCUCUUAAACGGCUCACAGUUCACAAGCCACCAAAUGUCCUUACCAUUCAUUUAAAACGAUUUCGUGCACAUGAUCCUGGUCAAAAGAUUGAUAAGAAAGUUACUUUUGGUCCGACAUUAGAUUUAAAAUCAUUUGUCAGUGGUUCCUAUGAAGGAGAUCUGAAAUAUACACUCUAUGGUGUUUUAGUUCAUUACGGAUGGAGCACCCACUCAGGUCACUAUUACUCCUAUGUCCGCACGUCAAGUGGGAUGUGGUAUUCUCUUGAUGACAGCCGGGUUGUCCAAGUUAGCGAGAAGACAGUCCUAGAACAAAAAGCUUACAUGUUGUUUUAUGUGCGCGAUAGAAAGAAUGUAAUUCCAAGAAAACCUGUGGAUCUUUCUCAGAAAGAGAAUACUAAAGCAAAUGAAAAUAGAACUAAAAUUUGUGCAAAUUCUAACCAAGUCUUAACAAGACCCGUUCAAUAUGGAUCGAAUGGAGUAACCUCUUCUGCUCCUGUGACACGAAAAGAUGCAUUAAAUGUUGGUCGACUAAAGAUCUCCCAUUCAAAUGAAACGCUGGAUCAGCCCAAGCCAGAACCAUCACAAACUACAUCUCUAGUAAAGGAUCCAAUGGAAAUGCUCCCUCUUCUGCCUGAAAAUUCGGAACAAUGCUUGAAAACUGAUACACCAAGUGAAAAUGGUGAUGCUUCUAAGCUUGAAACUGGUACUUCAACAGUGGCUACUAAUACUAAUGGCUUUAAUGAAGAAGGAAGUUUAACUAAAAACUCUAGCGUUUCAGUUGUCACAUCUGCCAACAUAGAGGACAUUCAAAACUCUGCACCCACUACUGACCAUAAUACUAACAAGACUUCCCAGAAGGAUAUACCUACUUUGCAUGUGGAGGAGUCAAGAGUGGCUUCGCUUAAAGUGCCCAUUGGUUUACCAGACCAACCAAACUGCGAAAAAAGUUUGAUUGGAAAUAUUACAAACUGUAAUGGUGCUGAAAAUUUGUUGGAUAAGAAGGCUGGUUAUUCUGGUCCAGAUUCCAUCCUUGAUGAGUCGGUAAAAUCAUCUGGCCCAUCAAAUGUAACAAGUGGAUCUUUAAAAGGGGAAGCUUCUGAUAAGUCUCAUAAAAAAUUAAAGAAGAAACUUUUAAGGCGUCAAGUUCCAAACAUGAGUUUUCGCUCAAGCAUGUUUUUGAGGGCAUCAUUGGCUGUACGGAAGAAAAAGAAACACAAAAAGAGUAAGCUCAUGGCCUCGGAUAGCAAGAAUCGUAGCAAGGAGCUUAUAACGAACAAAAAUUGCUUCCCAUCAGAUUUGGGGCCAUCUACAUCUGAGAAAACCCCUACUUCUCCAAGAAAAAAAGCCAAAUCUGGUGCUAGAAAAGAAGCAAUUGGUACUGCUACUACUAAAGAUGGAAAUUCUUGUGGUGAUUCCUUGAAAAAAGCUGUAGAUGGGGAACUCACAAAGAGAAUUGGUCAAAAUUGCUCUGUUCUAGCUACAGAUGAGCAAUUGCAGAGUGAUUCUGGCUUGUCAUUGAACCAGACCUCAAGGGAAACUGCCAGCUGUGAAAGAGAGAAGGUGCAAAAUGGCUGGAUGGAUGUGCUUACCCGUGGUCUUUCGGAGACAGUUGUUGCACGUUGGGAUGGAAUAGAAGUGCCUCCUCAGGCAGUAGACUCUACUGCUGCUGGCAAUGUCAACAUUGGUUAUGUAGCAGAUGAAUGGGACGAAGAGUAUGACCGGGGAAAGAGAAAGAAGGUAAGGCAAUCUCAGCAUGAAUUCGGUGGAGAGAAUCCUUUCCAACAAAUUGCAAGCAAGAAAACAAACUUCAAGAAGGCAAAGAUGGAUAGGUUCAGAUCUGGAAACCAGCCACUGAGGAUAUGAUAUCGUGGUACGUAGAACCAUGACCACAUUUUUUGACAUAUUUCUUGAUAGAAACUCUUGCUUUUGUUGAUCUGAAAUUGUGAGAGAUAGACUUGAGUGUUGGAAUUCCUUAACUUUGAUUAUUGGAGAGAGGAGUGUUGGGUUGGGAUUCUAUAUACUUAUUUUGGUGGGGAAAGGUUUUUCAUGUAGAAAAUUGUACUAAGCUUAAGGAUCAUCGCUUAUCUAAGAGAUGAACUGAACUCAUUUAAUCUGGGUCAGUAAUGUGUACUUUGAACUACUGAAAAGAGGACUCUGUUUAUGUGGUACUUCUCUUUUAGUUCAAGAAAAUUUUGGUUCUGAAUAGAAAGGUGAAUAUCACAUUCUUCAAUUGAUGUAACAAACCUUGUAUAACAUUUAUCAUAUUUUUUUUUCUUUUGGUGAAGUUACAUACAUUUUGAUAUAAA